GCGGUGGACUGUCGUGGCGGCGAUACUUGUGGCGAUGGCUGCACCGGUGCAUGCGCUUCCAGCAUUGACCAUGCCUCUUGCGAACAAUGCGACGUUGGUCCCGCCUUCUGUGGACCCCCAAUGCUACCUCAUGCCCAUUGUGGUCCUGCAUCCUUCUGCACCCCUUCCCACCCUCGAUUGCAUCCAACCGCCAUUGCCAUCAGAAGAUUGCAUCAAGGCCUCGGUGUCGGCUACGUUGCGCGUGCUCCGCCACCCUACCGACGAGUGGACGUGCUUGCACGACACUGCCCCUGCAACCACCGUUGCCAACAUUUCGUCGCUGCGGGUGCAAUACCGUGGGGAUUCGUCGCUUCGCUUUACCAAGCAUCAGCACUUGCUCAAGUUUGAUGCCCCAACGCCGCUCUUGUCGAUGCCUGCCGACACGGAUUGGUCGCUGCACGGACCAUUUAUCGACGGCAGCUUGAUGCGCAACCACCUCGCACAUUGGCUUUACCGCAACACGGGACGCUAUUCGCCGCGCUCGCAGCAUGUAGCGUUGUACAUUGUCAACUCGAAAGGCGUUCCCGCCUACGCUGGCUAUUAUCUAUUGCUGGAAACCAUCGGAUACGGCCCGAAUCGAGUCGGGCUCGCGCCAAACUUGGCGGCGUCGGAGGAUCAUUCCGGCGGGUGGGCCUGGCAAUUCAAUCCACUCAAAUACGGAACGUACUCCCCCAACGUUGUGUUUGACAUGUAUCAAGGGAAGUUUGGAAUGGGUGCGCGGCCGUUGCUCAUGUAUCCGUCUGGUUCGUCCCUGUCCCAGCGCAUGCGCGACGACUUUGUGAAUGUUUCCGUGGGAUUUUUGCCUCUGUACUAUCGAUACUUGUGGCACAACAUGACGGCCCCGCUGACUCUGAAGCACCACAUUGACGUCGGAUCGCACGUCGACUACUUUUUGCACACAGAGUGGAGCUUGAACCAAGACGCGUACUCGAAGAGCGCGUACUUCUUCAAGGAUCGUCAAAGUCCGGUGGAAGCGGGGCCGGUGUGGGACCUCAACUUGGCGUACGGGCUCGGUUCGCAUGCGCACGCGAACGUGUGGCUGUAUUUGGCCCAGCCCGCAUGGAUGCGACUCGUUUGCAACUUUGAAUUUGCCAACUUGGCAAUUGCGCGGUGGAAAGCUCUGCGAACAAGUGUAUGGAGCGACGCAUCGGUUGUGACGUUUGUGCAAGCAACAGCGGCCCCGUUGCAGAGAAAUUUGGAAAAGUGCAAGGACUGGACAAGCAACAAGCCGAGCUGCGCGAGCGUGAGCGGCAGCAACCAAGGCACGUUUGCGGACCAAGUCUCGCAUCUGCAAGCAAUCUUAGUCGAACGUGCACAUUGGAUGGACGACCACAUUGAAGGGCUGUUCCAGAAGCUUGACGGAAGUGUCUGCGGAAGCGUCGGAGACCUGCCGGCGUUUAACUGUGCUGAAGAUGGGGACGAUGGAGGAUGCUUGACUGCCCCUGCCAAGUAUUACUCGAAGGUGUUGUUUCCGCCAAUUCGACCCCCCCGACGCCUGGAGACGCCACGUGAAUCGGUGGUACUAAAACAGUCGUCGUCUGCAUACGACAUGCCUUCGAUUGAUCCGUGCUGGUUGUCGAUGGGCACGUCAUUGACGGCAGGGUACAUCACCCUCACGUGCUCUGGCCAUGGGUAUUGCCCCAUGGGACCCAAUGCCACGUGUGUGUGCAAUAACCACGCGACCAGUUUCGACUGCAAGGGAGGGAACGAGCGACCUGUUGUGGUGUCGACGCGGACGUGGGCGAUCACGAGAUGGGACGCAGCCCUCCUUUCGGUGUGUGGCGUCUUGGCGUUGGUGGCGGGGCUGUCGGUGUGGCGACACCAUCGCCGAUCGCGCCAAGGAGAGCCAUUGCUGCGACGCGGCGGGGGUCCCCAUUAUGGCGCGUCCAAACCUGCUGUGGUGGCAGAAGCAGUAGUGCUUUGACGAGAUUUUGACUGAAAGUAGCAGGAAUUUUUCAAGGUAAUUGACAUGCCAGGCUGGAACAUUCAUAUUUGGCAAGGCCCACGUGUGGAA